UAUUUUUUUGAGUGGAAUUACUUCAAUCUCAGGAUCCCUUCAUAACAUCAAUUAUCUGUCUAACAAAUUUUAAACAAUGAGCGAUCCGACUGGAAUUGCAUAUUUGAAGACAUUCCAAGCUUUGUAUCAGCUGGGAGAGUUGGUCGUUGGUUUAGUGACUUGGGCAAUGCUUGCUUCACAGCCUUCAUAUGUUUUUCAUGGACCUCUACAAUUUGCUCUCGGAGUUCUGAUUUUGGCUUGGAUAAUGACAUUAUUAUUUUUCGUUACUUAUAUCACCGGAUUUCACGUCCGACUCAAUGCAUUCUUUUCAUCUCGCUCAUCAGCCAGUAACGUCGAAAGCGGUGAAACCACAGCCGGAUCUCUAGCGCCACUCUCCGGAUCCACUGUUCCACAAAUUCGAUGGUUCGUCAUGGAAUAUUUCGUGUAUCUUGUAAUGAGCUUAUUCCUGUUUGUGGCAUUGAUAUGUAUGACGUCACAAACCCAUCACAAUGGAGUAUGGAUCGGUGCGUGCGUCAUUGGCUGGGCAUUGGCUAUCAUGUACGAAAUACACUUUUGUCUACUGUUUCGUAACGUCGAAGCUUCGUGGCCUCAUGAAUGGUGUUUCUCUUGCUUCCGUAAUUGCAAUACUGGGCAAACCACUAAAUCUGAAAAAGAAUCACUCGUAGCUUCUGAAGCCGGUACAUCGGCAACCCAGCCCUAAUGGAAUAUCUUCAAUAGAAAGACUUAUCAGCUGUGAGAGGCAAUUCAAUUCUAAAAAAUCAUGUAGUUAAUAAUUACAUUAAUUGCCUUGCAUUGGCUAAUAGGACCUCAGCGCCGCAGAUAGAGUUGGAAUAAGGUCGAAAAAGGCUAAAAAUAUUUAUUGCACCCAUUCAAAAAAACUACAAAUGUUUAAAUAAAAUGUGCACAUGAAAACUGUGAUGCAAUUCUGCAAAUUUGUUUUACUCUUUGCCAUUUCAUAAGCGCUUGUAUAAGGUCAUAUCAAUGACGUAGCCGUUGACGGUUGGAACACUCCCCAUUUAAAUGUAAAAAAAAAGGUUAGAGAAACUUUCAGUAGCUUGAAACGUUUUUCCAAAAUUACUGAAAAGCCACGUUUUCCGGUCGGGCCCGCUAGCUACUAUGGCCUGACUUGGAGAUUAAAAAUUUCAGACCUCUUACUUUGAGAAUUCCUGGCUACGACCCUGGGUUAUAUAGCCAUUAUGCAUGCCUAAAAAUUUGGAGUUUCCGGAUACAUGCACAUCCAUCUUCUUAUUCAAUUUAGUGUUUUAAUCUGAGAAUAGUAAUUUGAGCUGUGGAAUUGUGGAUGUCGUAGCUUAAAUAUUUCUUAAAUAUAUGUGCAAAUGUAUAGGUCAGUCGUUUCCAACAUUUCGAGGCUUGGUGAACAUCUAUAAAAUAGUUGAUCUCUUAUAGUCCGAAUUGUAUAAACUACAAAUAUACAUGAAACUAA